UGCACAUUGCGUGACUGUUUUGGUUCCAUGCCGUAUCGUUUUAUCAUUGGCAGUGGCAGAUAAUUACAAACAGUGUUACUGUUGCAGUGUAUUCAUAACUGUGGUAGCGGGAUCUAGCUACUGUUCACAAUGGCCCCCGGCACGCCCAACCCCGCCAAAAUGCUCCUGCGCAGCGAGAUCUCCUCACGCAUUGCAGCCUUGUCCGCUGAUGAGAAGAUAAGGCAAUCCAAGGUGGUCUACGAAAAGGUUAUUAACCACCCCUGGUACAAGUCGUCGAAACGGAUCGCGUUGUACAUGAGCACAGACCAGGAGGUGGACACCUCGCCGCUGCUGCAGCACGUUAAGGCCAAGGGGAACGCAUUUGUGCCCCAAUACGCUGGAGGGCACAUGAAGAUGCUCCGUGUGGAAGCAGGGGACGAAGCCAGCAUGGACGUCACUAGGCACGGGAUCGCUCAGCACAAGAAGGACGCCGCCAGGGACGACGCCUUGGAGUCUGGUGGCCUGGAUCUCAUCAUCGCUCCAGGGUUAGCAUUCAGCAGAUCCGGAAGCCGACUCGGGCACGGCGGCGGGUACUAUGACCGGUACCUCGCCAGGGUUAGAAGCAACCCUGAAACCGCUCCAAAGGUCGUGGCUUUGGCUUUUAACUGCCAAGUUGUAGACGAGGUUCCCGUAGACGAGAACGACCAAAAAGUAGACGAAGUCAUUGCGGCUGAUUGAAAUGAUCAUAAUAGACAUAAUUUACAAUACUCCAUAGAAAUAAGUGUAACUAC